GUGUCCUGGGCCGACGGUGUGCAAACAAUCGGUUCGUCCAACGACAUUUUCCAUGACAUAAAAUAUUUCGUUCCGUUUACAAUCUUAUCAACAGAUUAUACACGGCUACCAGCCGAGUCCGACCUUGGCGCUCGUCUGUGAAUUAAUGUAAAUACAAAAUAUAUAGUGUAAUUCGUUGUAGGGUAUGUACGGUAGGUAUGUACCGCGUACCGAGUACUGAGUCUUGUUAUUGUUUAUUUGUUGUGUGACGUACGCGCAUGCGUUCCGACUCUACUGUAUUCCAAGUUCCAACCUGUGGAAUGUGGAUACCUGCGUUUUUUUUUUAAAUAGUCGUUUUUUUCGUUUGUACACAAAUUUAAUAAUACGUCUCUAAUACCGCUCUUCGCGUUUUAUGAAAUUACUACUUAUUUGAGUUGUAGAGACAACGGCGAUACACUGUAAUCCCGUAUUACGUCUAUAAAUAUUGUUUUUGGAUUUUUGAUCGAAUUUUACGCGUUUAAUCCGAUAAAUAUAUACACAUAAUUACUUAUGUCUAUCGCGGGGCGCGAGAAGCAGUUGUUGUUUACAACUGCAGUUAUCUUAGGAGCUUUACUUGGCCAUUCGAGCUCUGGCCGCUCGGGCUCUGGCAGGGGGUCAAAUUUGUCAAUAGGGCCCAGAUAUAGUCAAACUCUCUUGUUGCCCGUACCAAUGUGGUGGGGAAGGGUUGGGUCACAAACAAAGGAAAAUGUACAGGGUUGGCGUAAUCAAGACUCCAGUGUUGCAUUUGUCAAUGAUGUCGAAGGUCGAAGUCAAUAUAAAGACAAAUCUGAGGAGUCAGAAAAAUCUCAAACACCGCCAGUGCACAAAGAUAUAAAACUGAUGCGCAAGAAUUCAUUUCUCCAUUCAGCAUGGGUUAUAAUCGCAAUAGCGUUAACGAUUGUAUUGGGUGCCAUAGCUGUCUACUAUUGGAUACUGUUUUAUCCGAUUAUGUGCAAGAAAGAGCGCAAGUAUGAUGUUAUGCAAAUGUCUGCCAAACCUUAACGAUCAAGCAUGCAUUUCAACAAUUCAAAAAUAAACAAUAAAAUCUCCAGGUGGUGGUGACUUACUGGCUCAUAAACUGAAAACAAUUAUCGUGAUAAUAUAAAUGUAAAACAAUUAUUUGUAUUCCUUUUAAAAGGUUUCCUAUUUUUUUUUUUUUUUUUUAAGUAUUUUUACUUUGUUUAAAUUUAUGACUGACUAAAUUGAUAAGAUCUUCAAAUGGUGACGGUGACUGCCUUUCAACAGUUCCUUUAAUUAAUCCAAUGGAUUUUACGUUUAGAUAUCUUAUACAUUACUGUUAAUAGAACAAUAUUUUUAAAAUUUGUAUUUAUUACGAAAAAACUAAUUAUUGACUAGUACAUUUUUUUGUGUGUUUUAUGCUUAAUGAUAAAAACUUCUAAUUUAAUGAUAUUUAAAUAAUUAUAUUAUUAUUAAUCUAAUAAAUUACUUAGUAUUAAAUGGUGCAAACAAUUUUCAACAAUUAAAUUAUUUUAAUAUAUUUUUUAUACUCUAUUAUCAAUUUUUAAAAAAGUAGGUAUAUUGUAUUUUACUACUUAAGAAGUUCAUAAAAACAAGAACUGAAUAAAAAAAAUCUUUUGAUUUAUUGA